AUGUCAAACGACCCUUCAGAGGCAGAUAUCAUCUGGCGGCAACGCAUUUUGGAGCCCACGUUCAUUAACGGAAAAGGGAUCUUCAUCGAGGACGACGAUGGAGCGCAGGACUCUCCCGACGUGAUUGAUUCGUUGCACGAGCUGCUGUCUGCCGGAACCUCGUUCGAUGAAGAUGAUAGCUUGCACCCAUCAUUGGGCGGGGAGGAGAAAACGGUGUAUGAAAGAUUGAGGCCGCACGCUAUCGUAUAUCCAGGGAUUGGGAUGGAGAGUAGUUUAGCACAGGUUAUGAGGGCCUCGACACCGCCGAGCGACGAGCGCGGUCUUGCCAAUCCCUACCCAUCGCCCACAUCUCCCACACGGGACACCAAGCAGCGGUGGCCCGAAGACCUAAGCACUAUAAGAUCAACAGUCACCCGCCCGCAUUCCAUCCACUUCACCUCUCUGAUCCCACACCCGAAGCCCUUCUUCAUCGCUCUCGGCCACGCGACCCGCCGCGCGCACAGCAACCCCAUGUCGCUGCUUGCGGCCGGCAUCGCGGCUUCAUCGGAGGACGACGACCGGCAGUCGAUCGACCAGACGCUCGAGGAGUCCGCGCGGUCCUUUUGGUCGUCGAAGGGGACAGCAGAUGCGGAGGCGGGCGAGUGGUUGACGUAUAGGAUGCGGCAGAUGGUUUGUGUUGUGACGAAGGUGGUUGUUACGCCAUAUAAGGCGAGGUAUCAAAGGGGGAUGCCGGUGUACGCACCCCGGUCCAUCAGCUUCCAUGUCGGAUUUCACCCUGAACCGGAGAAGAUGCACUACAGCUCGGAUAUGUUCGCAAUGCAGAAUGAAAAUGGUAAGACCCCGGAUGGAGUGCAGAAGCAGCCUGGCGACAACCUCUACUACACCGUGUUACAGAGCGUCAACUGUCUAGGAUUACCCAUAGGUCUCAUCGCCGACCAACCAGACCUCAGCAUCCCCCUCCUUCACCUCAGUGACACUUUGAAGAGCAGCUACCCCAAGCACCGCGAUCUCGCCUGGACAGCCAACUGGGACAUGGAUUCGCCCUCGGAGAGCGACACCACUCUGCUGCACGCGCUACACGUUCAUUUACACGACACUUUAUCCGAACGGGCCUCGCACUCGCUCACCUUCCGCACCGUCCGCGCGCUGCUUUCACGAGGAUGUUGGCGCGAGGCCGCUGACGUGAUUGCGAAGGAGGACGCGGCGCACCCGGUGAGGAGUGAGAGGUUUAUGACGUGGUUUUUUCGGUGUGCGGCAAUAUGUGUGGGGAGGGAGAUGAAGAGUAGGGAGAAGGGGAAGCGACCACAGGAGGAGGAUUCGACAAGCGGAGAGGAAUGGAAUGUUGGAGCGGCUGCGGACCGACAGGCGAUUGUUCCGCGACGGCCGCACGGGCGACCGGGACAGGUGGGACACCCCAGUAGGUGGCGGGCAUGGCCACAUUCGAUGAAUGAGACGAUUCACGGUGUCCCGGCGUCAUUCCUGCGACGGAUGUUUGCGGAUGUUUGCGGAUUACCUGAUGAGCGGUUCGAGGUCCUGGAUGAAGGGGAGAGUCUGGCGCUGGUACCUGUGAGGCAUUACCUGGAGACGGUGAUUUUGGGCGAUGGGGAGAUGACGGCGUAUGAGGCUUUGAGACUAGCUGAUGUAGCUAUUGAGGAUGAGAGUUUUGAUGGAUUUUGGCAGUGUCUUGUUGACGAGCGGAUAGUUGAUUGCCUCCUGACACUGGGUCAAUUCUACCCGGCUGUGCGCCUGCUUCAAGUCACUCUCGGCAAUCCGCUUCAAAAUAUACCACCUCAGGGUCUGAUGAACGGCGGUCCAACAAACCUUAUUAACAAUUCACAACAAUACUUCAGUGGGCUCGUCCGACAAGUCAAAGAACGCCAGGGGCCAACAGCAGCUGCCACGUUUUCGAUUUUACUCUUGAGGGAGGAUCCAUCGAUAGCUACCCGUGACAUGAUCCGCCAGGCUCUGGGCAUCACUUCGCAUACAGAGCAUCUGAACAGUGCGGAUGAACUGAGCGAGUGGUUGCGUACGCGUGCUGUCACUUUCAAUUGGCCGGAAGCUGACGCGGAGGCGUGA